CCGAGUGUUUCCGAUUUCUCAGUAAUUUUGAAGAGGACACCGCCAAAAGGAGAAUACUUAUGCACAUUUACGACACAAAAAACACUUCAAAAUGGAGUUAAUAUACUCCAUGAGGCGCAAACCUCUCAAAUGCGAGCCUCCACAUUUGGACAGGGUUUCAGAUUCUGAAACUACUCGACCAAUUUGCACAAUAUCCGUCUGCAACAUCAUAGCGUUUUCGUCCUCUACGGAGUUAUUAGACGCCGAUGGUGACACCUGGGGUGGCCAUGUGUAUGUCUGCGAUCUGGACACGCCGUGGGACAGCCAUAAAGUGACCAGUACUUCUCAUCCUGUAUCUGCAUUAGAAUGGGACUGUGAAGGCAAGCACCUCCUAAUUGCCACUUCUGAAGGAGAUAUAUCUGUGUAUGGACAGAAGGACUAUUUGCUCAAUGAAUGGACUUGCCUUUAUAGUGUUAGUUUUCCAGGUGAACAAAUAAUAAAAUGCGUGUUCUUCCACAACGGGCGGCGAUUCGCGUGGUCUGAGAAGAAACCAGAUGUUCCUAUCGCGGAUCGCAUUCAGAUGCUGCGGCCUGCGCCUACGCUUAAGGGGUUUGGCGGCGUGGCGUGCGAGGGGCUGCUGCUGAUAACGGCCACGGGGCUGGUGGGGGCCGUGACGCCGUACACCGAGGACUCGGGCAAGCCCACCGUCGCCACCGAGACGCUGCGGGCCAAGAGGGACCGCGUGGUGCACGCCAGCUUCGCGCACAAGGGCGGCGGCGUGCUGCUGGCGGCGGCGUGCCGCUCGGGCGGGCGCUGGUGCGCGCGCUGCUGCGUGGCGGCCGUGACGCUGCCGCCGUGCGGCGCGCGCCUGCAGCGCCACGCGCUCGCGCUGCAGCCGCUGCCCACCGUGCACCUGUCCGACGCCAGCCCCAGCUGCCUGUCGUGGUGGGUGCGCGACGACUCCGAGUGGCUGGUGGUGGGCGGUAGCACGCUGGCGCUGUGGAAGCUCACGGAGAGGCACCACGCCGUACACAAGCUCUUCAACAAAGGUCCGUUACAAGGCAGCACUACACCAGGCGGAGGGCAAAAAGCCGGCGCAGAAGGUCACAGCACGCUGGUUUGGCAGCAGGCGGGCGCGUGGAGGGUGGAGGCCGGCGAGGGCGGGUGCGUGAUUGGGUGUGCGAGAGGCGCCGUCACGUCCAUGGCAGUAAUGGCGGCCGGAAGGAAGAUUCACCUGCUGGCCAGGGACUCGCAUAACUAUCUGAGCAGCCGCCCGGUGCUGACGAGCGGCGGCGACGUGUCCGAGCCCAAGAAGGCCAAGUACGGCCAUCCCGUCGUACCGAGCGGCGCGUCGUGCGCGCUGGUGUCGAGCGUGGCGCUGGCGGCGCUGGGCGGCGCGGCCGCGGCCGUGGACACGCACGCGCAGCUGCACGUGUACCGGCUGCCGCCCGCGCCGCAGGACCUGCCGCCGGCGCUGCAAGUGCAGCACGCCGUGGGCCUGCUCGAGUACGCGCUCGUCUCGGGCUAUGACUUCUUGGACGUGCUGCUCACGCUCAAGCCCAACAUCGUCGAGCUCGUCUACGAAAGGUUCACGGAGUCGUUCGCGCGCCAGCCGCCGGCGUUCCAGCAGCACUACUUCCACGGCUGCCUGCGGAUCCGCGCGGCGCUGUGCCGGGCCGGCGCGGGGCUGUCGGCGGCGGCGGGCGCGCUGCAGCGGCUGCAGGCGCUGUGCGAGUGCUGGGCGGCGGCGGGCGGCGCGCUGCGCGCCGACGACCGGAAUGACAUCAUUUUUGAGAAUUCUUGCAUUUUAUUGGGUUCUUCUAAUUGUUCUGCCAGUGAAUAUUGGUAUAAUAAUUUUAGCUACGAGCUGCACUCGGACCCGGCAGCCAUCGCCCUGCUGCGCAAGCUGGUGGUGGUGGCGCGCGGCAGCGCCGCCUGCCUCGACCACAACCUCAGCCGCAUGCUGGCGCGGCUGCAGGCGGGCCCGCCCAAGGCGGACUUGCUCGAGGAGUGCGCGGCGCUGAACGCGCAGAAGCUGUGGGCGCGCGUGUGGGAGGCGGCGCCGCGCUGCAGCGUGUCGGCGCCGCACGGCCGGCCGCUCCCGCUCUUCCUGCAGUACGGCGCGGAGCCCGAGUGGCUGCGCGUGAGCCCGGAGCCGCCGAGCGCGCUGGCCGACGCGCCGCCGCCGCCCGCCAUGGACUCCAUCAGGCGCGCGUGCGGGCGCUGCGGCGCCGUGGCGCUGGCCGCCGCGCUGCCCGGCCGCCACCCGCUGCAGCGCGCGCACGACGCGCGCUUCCUCGAGGCCUGCCGAUGUGGAGGCAAAUGGACGUUGUUUUCUAACGUAUAGCAGUAUUGAAGAAUCUUCUAGAGUUAAGAUAUUCCGUUAGGAUCGCCAAUUAAUAUUAGGUCAGAAAUAUUUUUGAUCAUUAUUGGUAAUAAUUAUAUAAAGAAAUG